AUGUGGAUGUUAACUCUGUGUUCCCUGCUGGGGUUUGUGUUAGAGCUCUGUAUAUCCAACACGGUUAUACAUUCCGGAUCGUUUUGUCCGGAGAUAUUUCCUUCUAAAUCUGGAGUGUGUCCCAGACUUUCUUUGUGGACAUCAUGUGACUGUAAGAAAGAAAACGUAUGGUGCGAGAAAGAUACUGAUUGCCCAGGAAGACAGAAAUGCUGUAUUUUUGGUUGCGGUUGCAGAACAAUGUGUAUAAAACCAGACUUUAAUGGCAUCGUAUUAUAUCCCCCUCCACUCAAUUCAAUCUGUCAAUUACCCAGAAUUCCCGGACCUUGCAUAGCCGCCAUUCCUCGCUGGUGGUAUAACAUAGCUUCCGGUCAGUGUGAGAUGUUUCGCUUCGGGGGAUGUUGUGGAAAUAACAAUAAUUUCCUGACCAAAGAAGACUGUGAACUGAGUUGUUUAACUGUUCAGCACAAAUAAACCUUU